ACCCUAAAGGCAAAAUCGGUAGACUUAUUAUUCUGUCAAAACUCGCACUCUCUCUCAUUUCCACGUCUACUCUGAAUCUGAGCUAUGGCGAAUUGGUCGAGGUACUCUUCCCUAGCUCUUCUCUUCUUCUUCUUGGUGUCAUGGACUGCAGUCGCCAGUUCCGAUGGCCCCUUCAUCAUCGCCCACAAGAAGGCCACCUCUACCAGGCUCAAAUCCGGUUCCGAACGUAUCUCUGUCUCCAUCAACAUCUAUAACGAAGGAUCUGCGACUGCAUAUGAUUUGAGUCUUAAAGAUGAUACCUGGCCCAAGAGUAUAUUUGACAUUGUCACUGGUAACACUUCUAUGUCAUGGGAGCGGCUUGAUGUAGGUGGUGCUCUAUCACAUUCCUUUGAAUUGGAGGCCAAAGCUAAAACAAUUUUUUAUGGUCCACCAGCAAUCGUAACCUUUCGUGUCCCCACCAAGGCUGCUCUGCAGGAGGCUUACUCUACUCCGAUCUUGCCUCUUGACUUACUAGCGGAGAGGCCUACUGAGAAGAAGUUUGACUUGGCCAAGAGACUUUUGGCAAAAUAUGGCUCCUUGGUUUCCGUGGUAUCCAUUGUGGUUCUGUUUAUUUACCUGGUUGCAACCCCAUCAAAAUCCAGUGCUGCAAAGAAGAAGCGCUAAAUGUAUGGUGCAUGUUGCCGCUCAAUUUUCGGUCAGGGAAGAGUCUACCAAAAAACACACUUUGGGCAUCCGGAACAUGCUGUCUUUAUUGUCUUUCAGUCAUAGAGGUCAUUGUAAUUCACCAGUUCAGUUUUUAAUUUUAUAGAACAAUUAAAGCAGUUUGACAGUAGACUAGCUUGCUUUCUCACUCCAGACCAUUCCCAUCCAAUGCGGCAGUAUCAUAUUAGAGAACUAGAGUUUGGUGGUUGUGCCUCAAAUGUUACAUUUUUCUCUUUCAUAUUCUCGUUAGUACAAUGUUUUCAAUUGUCGGAGUUAGCUAUACAUUUUUGGUGCUAAGUAAUACUGUUGUAUGAACGAAGUUGGUACUCA